AUGACCUCGGGCCCGUUCGCCUUCGAGACGCGCUUUGGUCCUGUGAAGGUGUUUCUACGUCUCGAAUUCCUGCGUACGUCCAAGUUUGGUUCAUCAGUGCAAGUAAAUCAGGAGGCUCGUAGCCACGUAUGGUGGACAUCACGGAGAGAAGCGCCCGGCGAAGAUGGAGUCCAAAUCGAACAUGGAACACUCGAUGGAACCGUUCGGCGACAUCGCACUCCACCAGGGUUAG